AUGGAUGCGGUUAGUGACAUAUCCACCACGGAAUCCGUGUGCUCCUCGAACUGCACUGUCGAAAGUGCGUCAGAUGUGAAUUCUUGCACUUCACAGCCCUCAGACGUUGAAAAUCGUCCGUUUCCUUGGCCAACGAAAGAAAUUUCUGUAGUAGAAGAUGUCGAUUUCGGUUCUCUUGCGAAGAACUACGGUCCUCCUCUCAUCAUUUGCUUUUACCGGGACGUCUGUGGGAAUCCGGUUACCCGCAUCAGUGAAUUUUGUGACGUUCCACUCGGUGAGGCUGUCAGAGCGUUGAAUGCUCAACAUGAGCACACACAAUACAUUAACCUACUGGUCAGGUUCGAUUCAUGUCGUGAAGAGGACAUUGCUACUUUUCUUCCUGUCCUCAGGUUGCUUCUGUUUCGUUGUCGAAUAAAUUUCACCAUGCCGCAGUGGGAACGUUGCGUUCUUCUUAUGACAGAUUAUAAGUUCGCUAACGAAGUCGUGGAAAUUAUGGCUGAAUUCACUAAUAAAUGUCUUCGUUUGUUCGUUUUCGUUCAAAUGGAUGCUCGACUAUCUCUGCUUGUGGCAAAAUGUCCAUUUCUUUCCCACAUUUCUCUAUGCAGAGUCAGUGUGAUUGAGCAUCCGGUCUUUAAUGGAGUUGAGUCAUUUGAAUUCAAUGGUUGUGGGAUGGCUCACACAGAACAGGAUCUACAAGUUGCUAAGGUAGCCACUACAAAAUAA